AUGUUGUGUGCGUAUCGCUGGGUGUUAGCAACCCUUCCAUUUCUCGUUUUUGUCGUUGCUUCCUCCGGUGACAGAUCAUCAAAUUUUCAGAACUGCGUUUCUGCGUGUUAUGUGGACUAUUGCCAUCCUCAGACGACGCUUUCACUUGCCCUCAGGCUGACGCGUUGGACGUGUACAGACGACUGCAAAUACAAGUGCAUGCACAUGCUCACGGAUAUCGCAAUCCGUGGAAGAUCAACGAUACAUCAAUAUUAUGGAAAAUGGCCUUUUUGGCGGCUCUUUGGAAUGCAAGAGCCAGCCUCUGUCGCGUUCUCACUGUGGAAUAUGUACUAUCAUAUCCAAGGAUGGCGCCAGCUUCGCAGUAGAAUUCCAAGUGACCACCCGAUGCGAUCUUACUACUUAACAUGGGCCACAGUGAGCAUUAACGCCUGGCUCUGGUCCGCAGUGUUUCACACAAGAGAUUUGCCAAGCACAGAAAAACUGGAUUACUUCUCUGCUGCUCUCGUCAUCUUAUAUUCCCUGUAUCACACGGUUCUACGGCUCUUCAAUCAAUAUCCCACCCGUUCGUGUGAGGAUGGCCGUAUUCAGCGCACCCCCGUGCACCUUCUAUGGUCGUCCGUCUGCAUUGUAGCUUACCUCACCCAUGUCACCUAUCUCAGCGUUCUACCUCGGUUUGACUACGCCUAUAAUAUGGCAUUUAACCUUACUAUUGGCUUCACGCAUAAUCUGCUUGUAGCAGCCUUUGUCGCUCUUACAACGGCUGCAACUGCUCUAGAACUCUUCGACUUCCCUCCGUGGGGUCGCAUCAUCGAUGCUCACGCUUUGUGGCACCUCAGUACCGCCCCUAUCGCGAAGUUCUGGUAUGACUUCUUGAUUGAAGAUUCGUUGGAUGAUGGAUGGAGGAAACCAAAGAGGUGA